GUGUGUGUAUAUAUAUAUAUAUAUAUAGUUGUGUAUAGACCCCCCUCACAGUGAGUAGUGUGUGUGUGUGUGUGUGUAUAUAUAUAUAGUUGUGUAUAGAUCCCCCUCUGUCUCUGUGUCUCUCCCCGCUACAAGGGCCCAGGGUGAAGCAGCCGCCGCCAUCUUCAGCGUCAUCUCCUCACAGGUUUAGGAGUCGUUACUGUGGACGGCGAGACGGCCAUUGAGGGCGGCCAGGGUGCCGGCGAGCCCCCCCCCCCCAACUGCUCAGUGUGCGGGCUGAGCUUCGAGGGGCUGAGCUUCGAGGGGCUGAGCUUCGAGGGGCUGAGCUUCGAUGGAGGACCUCAUGGGAGGACCGGGGCACAACAAGGAGAAGCGUUAUGAGUGCGACGUGUGUGGCAAGACCUGGCAGAGCCCGAGCAAGCUGGAAGCCCACCGGCGGGUGCACACGGGAGAACGCCCCUUCAACUGCUCCACCUGCGGCAAAGGCUUCAAGUCGUCCUCGGAACUGAAGAUGCACUUGCGCUUGCACACCGGGGAGCGGCCCUACACCUGCAGUGACUGCGGCAAAGGCUUCACCCGGCCCGAUGGCCUGCUGGUGCACAAACGCACCCACACCGGGGAGCGGCCCUACACCUGCAGUGACUGCGGCAAAGGCUUCAAACCCGGCAGCCUGCUGGUGCACAAACGCACCCACACCGGCGAGCGGCCCUACACCUGUGCCCAGUGCGGCAAGUGCUUCACCCGCUCCGACAGCCUGCUGUCCCACCAGCGCACCCACACCGGCGAGCGCCCCUACACCUGUGCCCAGUGCGGCAAGGGCUUCACCCGCUCCGACAACCUGCUGUCCCACCAGCGCACCCACACCGGCGAGCGCCCCUACACCUGCACCCAGUGCGGCAAGGGCUUCACCAGCUCCAGCAGCCUGCUGGUGCACCAGCGCACCCACACCGGCGAGCGCCCCUACACCUGUGCCCAGUGCGGCAAGGGCUUCACCAGCUCCAGCAGCCUGCUGGUGCACCAGCGCACCCACACCGGGGAGCGCCCCUACACCUGCAGCGACUGCGGCAAAGGCUUCACCAGCUCCAGCAGCCUGCUGGUGCACCAGCGCACCCACACCGGCGAGCGCCCCUACACCUGCAGUGACUGCGGCAAAGGCUUCACCCAGUCCGGUGGCCUGCUGGUGCACAAACGCACCCACACCGGCGAGCGCCCCUACACCUGCGCCCACUGCGGCAAGGGCUUCACCCGCUCCAGCAGCCUGCUGAAGCACCAGCGCACCCACACCGGCGAGCGCCCCUACACCUGCGCCCAGUGCGGCAAGGGCUUCACCCAGUCCAGCACCCUGCUGCAGCACCAGCGCACCCACACCGGCGAGCGCCCCUACACCUGCGCCCAGUGCGGCAAGGGCUUCACCAACUCCACCAGCCUGCUGUCCCACCAGCGCACCCACACCGGCGAGCGCCCCUACACCUGUGCCCAGUGCGGCAAGGGCUUCACCCAGUCCAGCAGCCUGCUGGUGCACCAGCGCACCCACACCGGCGAGCGCCCCUACACCUGCGCCCAGUGCGGCAAGGGCUUCACCAGCUCCGACAGCCUGCUGUCCCACCAGCGCACCCACACCGGCGAGCGCCCCUACACCUGCGCCCAGUGCGGCAAGGGCUUCACCCGCUGCCACCUGCUGUCCCACCAGCGCACCCACACCGGCGAGCGCCCCUACACCUGCGCCCAGUGCGGCAAGGGCUUUAGCAGCUCCUCCAGC